AUGGAGUCGCCUAAGUCAGAUACCCGCCCUAUCUUCUCGAGGCGUUCGACCAGCUCGUCCAAGUCGCUCUCUCUCGAUCUUUCCUCCCUGCCGCCUCUGGUCCAGCCGACGCCGCCCACAAACACCCUACUAUUCACAAACCUCAACGAUACCUCUAUCUUCCGCCCCGACAACCUCCAGACCAUUCGCGACCUUGUUCUCAAGACGGCACCCAUUCACUCGUGGGCCCCGCUCAAGUCGUUCCGCCGCAUCGUUGUCUCCUUCUUCUCCGAGGACGACGCUAUCGCCGUGCGUCGCAUCUGGGACGGCGAGGCCGUCAUGGGCGAGCGCGUCCGCGUUUACUUCGGCCAACCCACCCCCGUCGAGGUCACCGAUCGCCACCUCGCCCUUCCGGACGCCGGCAAGCUCUUCUUCAUCUCGCCCCCUCCUUCGCCUCCCCACGGUUGGGAGAUGAAGCUCGAGGACGCUCCUAACAAGAUGGUUCACGCCGAGGAUCUCGCCGACGCUCUGGCUAAGCUUCACCACCGUCCUACCGGCAUCGAGACCCCCAUCAGCCCCAUCGACGGCUCUCGCCAAACCCGCAGCAGGAGCUCUACUCUGCUCUACCAGCCCGAUGUCAACGGCGCGAGCCCCGAUCUCCCCGCCAUCUGCCUUGAGGACAUGACCGACGAGCCUAUGGAGUUCAGCCCUAUCGACAACCAAAAACCCAUCAUGGCGCAUACCUCCCGCCCGCCGGUUGAGUUGAUGCAUCACGCAUAA